AUGAUUCCCGCCAUCUUACGUAAAAAUGCCAUGCUGCCUCGCUGGUCGUCUGCAUUGACAACAACACAACGCGCUCGCUACUUGGCAAGUGUCGCUUCUCCCAUCAAAGAAGCUGCCACUUCAGCCUUUUUUCCAGACGAGCCAGCCAAACCCAAUGUUGUUACUGCUAUUCCAGGCCCUGCAUCAAAGGAGAUCAUGUCAAGAUUAGAUAGAUAUCAAGAUACCAGAUCCAUCUUUUUCGUGGCAGACUUUGCUAAAUCCAAGGGAAACUACAUUGUGGAUGCAGACGGAAACACAUUGCUGGAUGUCUUUGCUCAAAUUGCGUCUAUUCCUGUUGGUUACAACAAUCCUGCCUUUUUGGCUCUUUCUCAGCAGCCUGCUUUUCAAACUGCAUUAGCCAACAGAGCUGCUCUUGGUGUCAACCCCAAUGUGGACUGGGUGGAUUCAGUUGAAAAGGCAUUCAUGGCAGUGGCACCCAAAGGCAUGACCAACGUGUUCACUGUCAUGUGUGGAUCCUGCGCAAAUGAAAAUGCCUUCAAAACGGCCUUCAUGUACAAGGCAGCCAAGAGACGUGGUGAUCGUGAUUUCAACCUGGAGGAGCUCAACUCAUGCAUGAAGAACGAAGCACCUGGAUCUCCUGACGACAUGUCCAUCUUGAGCUUCAAUCAAGCAUUCCACGGUCGCUUGUUUGGUUCCUUGACAGCUACUGCCAGUAAAGCCAUCCACAAAGUCGACAUUCCUGCAUUCGAUUGGCCCAAGGCACCUUUCCCUCAGCUCAAGUAUCCUUUGCAAGAUCACAAGGAGCACAACAGAAAAGUGGAGCAACAGGCAUUGGAUCAAGUUGAGUACAUGAUUACCACAGCAAAGAAACCUGUCGCUGGCCUUGUUGUUGAGCCCAUUCAAUCAGAAGGCGGUGAUAACCAUGCUUCCCCUGAAUUCUUUAGAGGCUUACAAGCCAUCUGUCAAAAGAAUGAUGUUUUGUUCAUUGUAGAUGAAGUUCAAACAGGCGUUGGUGCAACCGGAACAUUCUGGGCUCAUGAAGCAUGGCAAUUACCUACACCACCUGAUAUGGUUACAUUUUCUAAAAAAUUUCAAGCAGCCGGAUUCUACCUGAGCCCUCGUCUCCGUCCCACACAAGCCUAUCGCUUGUACAAUACAUGGAUGGGUGACCCUGUUCGUGCCAUGCAAGCAGCUGCCAUCGUACAAGAGAUCAAGGACAAGCAAUUGCUGGAAAAUGUACAAGAUGUAGGUAGUUAUUUGCAAGACAAUCUGGCCAAGAUGACCGAGUCUGCCCCUAUCAAGAACAUCCGUGGCCAGGGCGCCUUCAUUGCAUUUGAUCUACCUGAUGCCAAACAGAGAGACGCCUUCUUGGUAGACAUGCGUCAACGCGGUGUCAACAUUGGCGGUUGUGGAGACCGUACUGUGCGUCUUCGUCCCAUGUUGACUUUCCAACGCCAACAUGCAGACAUCUUAUUGGAUACCAUGAAGGCAUCCUUUGCUGCCUAA